UUGUUGGCUACGGUUCAGGUGAACUUUGUAUUGCAUGCAGCGAGUCUGGAAAUAGAGCGCCACGCCGCAAUUGCUAGUGCACCUGUGCACGUCCAUUUUUUAGUGACUUCCUCGGGCCAAGUGACCUGCGUGAGUGCAGUCAUAAUUCCCAGCCUCAAGUCCUCAACCACGCCCAUAUCUGGAUGGUGUUCAUGGUUUAGGUUGCACUGAAAGGUUGAAGAUGGGGAAUAAAAUAGAACAUCCGUCUGUGGAGCUUCCCCCGGAGAAGCUGGUGAUGGUCACAGGUGGAAACACUGGGAUUGGAUAUGAAACAGCAAAGUCCAUAGCUGAGAUGGGAGCAAGAGUGUGCAUCACGUGUCGCUCAGAGGACAAAGCUAAAGCGGCUAUAGAACGGAUGCAGGAAGAACAUAAGAACCAAAUGCAGAAGAGAAGUCAUGCAGAGAAUGCUGCUGCCCAGGCGUCAUCUCAACCCACCAGUGAAGAGAUCAAGCCACUGAAUGUGGAGUACAUCAAAGUGGAUCUCGCCUCGUUGCAAUCCACCAUGGACUUCAUUCAGGAGACCAAGGAGAGGAUGCAGUACCUUAAUGUCUUGGUCUGCAAUGCUGGAAUUGGCUUUGCCAAACAAGCAUAUACAGAGGAUAAUUACGAGUCUCACUUCCAAGUCAACUACCUGUCACAUCUCCUCAUUGUGCUGCAUCUCAUGCCGCUGCUGCAGACUGGUGCUCCCGACUCCCGCAUCGUUCUCCUGUCAUCAGCGGCGCAUAAAGGUGGGAAACUGGACCUGGACAACAUGCAGGGCCGCAAGUCCUACAGUCGGAUAGGAGCCUACGGAUCCUCCAAGGCCUACAUGAUCAUGGCAGCACACUUUCUGUCUCGAAGACUGGAGGAGACUGGAGUGAGCACUUUCUCUGUCGACCCUGGAAUUGUGGACACGGAUAUUGUGAAUAACUACAGUGACUGGAAACUGUUGAGCUUUUUUGGAGGGGCUUCGAAAAAAAUGGGUAUGAUGCGUACUCCGAAAAAGGGGGCUGCAACAAGUGUUGUGGCCUGUGUUGAUCCAAGCCUCCGUGGGAAAACUGCAGUGUUCAUGAAGAGUUGUCGACCUGCUAACCCUGCUAACUUCUGUCGGGAUGGCAAAAAACAGGAGGACCUUUGGGGUUACAGUCUUGGAUGUCUCAACCAGUUCAUCUCUGAUGAUGUGCUCAAAGAAGCCUUCCCAUCAGCGAGGCCUGAACUGCUGACCAUUCCCAAGGACACAAGGACAGUCGAAGAGAAGAUUGCUGAUGAUUCAGGGAAAAAAGAAGGGAGUUCAGGUGACAAAGAGAUGGGAGACAAAUCCAAAGGAGGAGAGGCAUCUUUGGAGAGGAAGCAGGAUGAGGAGCAACCAGAGAUAGAGUCUUCAUCUGGAGCUACAGAGGUACCCUCUGAAAAAGUCAAGGCAUCGCAGGAACCAUAUGGGGCUAAUUUAGAAGAAAAGAUACCUGAAGACACACUCAAAGAUGAAGACAACGAACCCAAGGCAUCCUCCAAAUAGGAGCAGACAGAAGAGCAGCCGAAAAGAGAAUUACCAUCUUCCGCUGCAGAAUUACCCACUGAAAGGGUUAAGGCAGAGGAAAAGCCCAGCGGGCAGGUUUCAGAGGAAAGGGGCGUGACAGAUGAUGCAGAAAAUAAGUAAUUAGCAGCUGAGAACUGCAGCAUCUUCAGAUAAUAAGCAGGAGUAAAACAACCAGAGAGGGAACCUUUAGCUCAGGUAGCUUCUGAAAUUGACCAGACAUUAGGAGAAUCAAAUAUCAGGGGAGAGGUGCAGAACGCCAGUAUGCGGAUAGUGUGCCGGACAAAAAUGAACACUUUAUAUGAAAAAUGAAAUUGGCGAAACACAACAAUGAUGAUUCCACGCAGUAUAUGGAUAUUGUGCGAGACAAAAAUGCUCAUUAAUGCGUUUUCAUAUGUCGAACACACACACACGUCGAGUGCACACAUUUUCUAUGAGAUUCAUAGACGAAACACACAGACUUUGUAUAUAAUAACCAGCCUUAUUUAACACUCAUACAUGUAAUUCCACACGAAGUAUAUAGAUAGUAUGCGGGACAAAAAUGCUCAUUUACGCGUUUUCAUAUGUCGACUACACACACUUCGCAUGCUGUACAUUGUCUAUGGGAUUGGUGCGACAAACAUACUUUGUAUAUAACCAGCCUUACGGGGACCGUUUGUAAACGAACAUAAUUCCACACGCAGUAUGUGAAUAGUGUGCGGGACAAAAAUGGUCAUUUAUGCGUUUUCGUAUGUCGAAUACACACACUUCGCAUGCUGUACAUUUCUUUACAAUUGGCGGAAUAUACACACUUUGUAUAUAACCAGCCUUAUGGGGACCGUUUGUAGCAAUCCUAAUACCACACGCAGUAUUUGAAUAGUGUGCGGGACAAAAAUGGUCAUUUAUGCGUUUUCAUAUGUCGAAUACACACACUUCGCAUGCUGUACAUUGUCAAUGACAUUGGGGGAACACACACACUUUGUAUAUAACCUGCCUUAUGGGGACCGUUUGUAACAAUCAUAAUUCCACACGCAGUAUACGAAUAGUGUGUGGGACAAAAAUGGUCAUUUAUGCGUUUUCAUAUUUUGUCAACUACAGACACACUACACAAGUUGUAUACCAGCCUUAUGGAGACCGUUUGUAACAAUUAUAAUUCCACGCGCAGUAUAUUUAGUGCAUGUGUGUACGCAUACUUGUUAGUUCACAAGUCUCAAGAUUACUUUAGACGACUUGACAGGUAAGACGUUAUUGAUAUUGUCUAAAUAAUUGUCCGUAUUCUUAAGCCCCUUUAGGUUCUUGUUAUUUAGCCUAAUGCCUUAACUCAUAUGAUUUUGAUCAAUGACAUUUUUAUCUAUUAGUUAACUUAACUCCGACCAUUAAACAGUUUGAUUCAUUGAUGAUUUUAGUCUAGUCAUAUAUGUCUUGUAUUUUCAGAUUGGACUUUCAUCACUAGUUCAAUGUAUAUUUUGGCAAUUAUGUUUUGGAUACAUGCAGUCCUGAUCCUAUCCUGAAUUGCUUCAUUUUGAUAAUAUUUUUUUUUUAUGUACUUUGGUGGAUUGGAAUUUUCUAUUGGAUUUUUAUGUGGGAAUUAUUAUCUUAAUUAUGUCUUCAUGAUUUUCUUCCUAGGAUGCAGUAACGCCAUUAAAGGAACAACAAUGCCUACGCACAGUAUGUUAGCAACAUGUCCUUGUCAUGUCG